CACACACCGUCUCCUGUUGGAGCUCAAGGACUGAAGGACACCGUAAAGCGCAGCUGAUAAGCUGCUUUAAUCGGUUAAUUUGGAUCCGUUGGCCUUUAACGGGCUGCAGGUAAACACCGGGAAGAAACUGGAACCACCCGAAACCCUGCGCUCCGUCCGCGCACAAAUGGACUUUAUUGGUCUGUUCCUUUGAAGGACUGCGGUAUUUAAAGUUUUUAACGUCUCUAAGUGUGGUUUCUUCUCAGGUUCUUUGUGUUGGAAUGAUGAGUGUUAGUCUGUGCUCCACUCUGUGAGUCACUCCAGUCUGCGCCUGGAUCCAAAUCUGUUUUACGCAAGAGUUUGUUUGCGCCCGGUGCGCCCCCGGCACAGUGGAGCUCCGAAGCGGAGUCUGGCAGUCUGAGUCUCUGUGACACCAUGACGAGACCCCCGUGUUGGGACCGGAGCCCGGCCCGGCCUUCAUGAGAGCCCGCUGGCCGCGCUGCUGUGGCACGGAGCGGAGGAGCAGCGGCGCAGAUGGCGGCCAACGGGAGCGCGGCGGCGGGGGAGGGAGAGGCGGAGGAGACCGCGCACAACCUGCCGGCCCUGAUCUUCGGGGUUCUGCUGAUCAUUGUGAUCAUCUGCGGGAACCUGCUGGUGUGUCUGAGCGUGUUCACAGAGAAGGCGCUGAAGACCACCACCAACUACUUCAUAGUGAGUCUGGCGGUGGCGGAUCUGAUGCUCGCAGUGCUCGUGCUGCCGCUCUUCGUGUACUCUGAGUUCCAGGAUGGUGUGUGGACCCUCAGCACUUCCCUCUGUGACGGUCUGAUGACAAUGGAUGUAAUGCUGUGCACCGCCUCCAUUUUUAACCUCUGUGCCAUCAGCAUCGACAGGUUCAUUGCUGUGUCCAUCCCUCUGAACUACAACCGGAAGCACGUGGACCUGCGCCAGGCCGUGCUGCUGUCGGCCACCUGGGUCCUGGCCCUGGCCGUGGCCUCCCCCAUCAUGUUCGGACUCAACAACGUGCCGGGCCGCGACCCCACCGAGUGUAAACUGGAGAACGACGACUACGUGUUGUAUUCUUCGGUGUGCUCCUUCUUCAUCCCCUGCCCCAUCAUGCUGCUGCUGUACUGCGCCAUGUUCCGCGGUCUGCGCCGCUGGGAGGAGGCGCGCAAAGCCAAGCUGCGGAACAGCAUCCAGGCCUGCCGCAAACUGCAGGAGGCCGCCGCGGGGCUGCCGCCGCUGGCCUCCCUGCCGCCGCUGCUGCCGCCCAUCAUAGAGCGGGAGCCCACCGACACCCCGGACGAGCUGCCCGCCUUCCCGGCCCCGGACCUGCCCCCGGCUCCGUCCGAGUACCGGGACACGCACCUGAGGACCGUCAGCCUGGCGGAAAUCAAGUUCAACCCGGACCCCCGGCGCAAGAAGAGGGCGAAGAUCAACAGCCGGGAGCGGAAGGCCAUGAAGGUCCUGCCCGUGGUCGUGGGUGCCUUCCUUUUCUGCUGGACUCCGUUCUUCGUCCUCCACACAAUGCGAGCCCGGUGUCAGGGCUGCCACGUCCCCCCAGCCUUGAUGAGCGUAGUCACAUGGCUCGGCUACGUAAACAGCGCCCUCAACCCUGUCAUCUACACCGUCUUCAACACAGAGUUUAGGAACUUCUUUAAAAAGGUCUUUCAACGCUGCUGUUCAUAGUAAACGGACAGUUUCUGGACAUACGCCACCUCCGAGAGACACUCACAGUUUGGUGUUUAUGAACUUUUAUUUUCUAAAUGUGACGACAGCAAUGUUUGUGUUAUUCUGAAAACUGACCGAUUUUAUAUGUUCAUGCUAAUCUUUUCAGAAUAAACAUUUUUCAUUCUCAUCAGUGUUGUGGCCAAGAGUCAAAAAUAAAUGGUAAUAACUUUUUCUUUUUACUAAAUGUAACCAAUCAUUUGUUAAAGGUUCACAAAAUUUUCACCAUGAGACUCAAGAGAAAUUUGGUAUCCGCUUGGGUCUAAAUUUUUAUUGACUCUUCUAUCAAAACAUGCUCUGAAAGUUUAUUUUUCCUCUUUAUUUUUUGCAUCUUGUUACAUUAUUUUUGUCAAUUUAAUGAAGUAAGUCUUUGAUUUUUUUUUUUUUUUUUUUAUCUUGUGAUAGCUUUAACACCAUGCUCAUCUUCUUUUGUUAUUUUCAUUUUGGUGCCUCCAUUUCAUGUGGCUUUACUGAGUUUAACAUUCAUUAACAUUUCGAGAGAACACUUUCAUUUUGGUUUAAUAAAGAUGAAUUUAAGUCUCA